CACAUUUUUACUGCUUCAAAAGUUAUCUCAUUUUUUCGUCGUAUUCUUUGAGAUUUUUUCUGUGUUACAGACAAAGAAUUUUUUUGUUUUUUUACAAAAUCAUGGAUAUAAUUCAAGUGGAAAAUCAAGAAAAUGGGCCAAAAAAAGAUCCAAAAAGCCCAACAUGGAAGCUAAUAUUGGUGGCAUCAAUUGGAGCAGGGGUCCAAUUUGGUUGGGCCUUACAACUUUCUCUUCUAACCCCAUAUGUCCAACUACUUGGGGUCCCACAUGUUUGGGCCUCAUUCAUUUGGUUAUGUGGCCCAAUAUCUGGUAUGGUGGUCCAGCCCAUUGUGGGGUAUAGCAGUGAUCGGCUAACGUCGAAGUACGGUCGCCGGAAACCGUUCAUCUUUUCUGGAACAGUAUUGAUAUGUAUCGCGGUGAUGCUCAUUGGGUUUGCGGCCGAUAUCGGGUUUAAGUUGGGUGAUACACUUGAUAAACCUACUAAACCAAGGGCUGUUGCUUUCUUUGUUCUUGGGUUUUGGAUACUUGAUAUUGCCAAUAACAUGGUCCAGGAUCCCGCAAGAGCAUUCUUGGCGGAUCUUUCAAGACACGACCACAGGCAAAUGAGAAAAGCCAAUGCAUUCUUCUCAUUCUUCAUGGCUAUAGGCAACAUCUUAGGCUAUGCAGCUGGAUCUUUUAGUCGUCUCUACAAGUUUCUCCCCUUCACCCUCAACAACGAGUGUGAAAUAUAUUGUGCCAACCUUAAAACAUGCUUCUUCAUCGACGUCGUCUUCCUACUCAUCCUAGUCAGUCUAGCCCUCUUCAUGGUCCGAGAGCCCAAGUUCGAAAAAAGAUCCGAACACGAAGACCCGUUUUUUGUUCAAGUUAAGUCCACUAUUCGAAAUUUGGGCCGGCCCAUGUUGAUGCUCUUCUUAGUGACAGCCGUAAAUUGGAUUGCUUGGUUCCCAUACUUGUUAUUUAAUACUGAUUGGGUUGGUAAGGAGAUUUAUGGGGGUAAUCCUGCUGGGACUGAGGCCCAAAAGCAUGCAUAUGAUGAUGGGGUUAGGAUUGGAUCAUUGGGCCUCAUGAUGACUGCGGUUACUUUGGGCCUUAUGUCAUUGACUAUUGAUCCUUUGUCAAAAGUGCUUGGUGGUGCUAGGAGGCUUUGGGGGGUGGUGAACUUUGUCUUGGCAGUGGCUUUAGCGUUGACUGCCGCGGCCACAAAGAUGGCUCAACACGCAAGGAGGUCGUCACCACCAGGGACCUCACCGCCUCGUGGUGUCUUAGCCUUUACUUUAACUCUUUUUGCUACUAUGGGCAUCCCACAAGCGAUUACCUUCAGCGUUCCAUUUGCUCUAGCAUCAAUGUUUUCCUCUGAUUCCGGAUCCGGUCAUGGGCUUUCACUUGGAGUAUUGAACUUGGCAAUUGUCAUACCUCAGAUGUUCGUGUCACUGAUUAGCGGACCGUGGGAUCAACUGUUCGGAGGUGGCAAUGUCCCUGCAUUUAUGCUAGGAGCCGUGGCAGCAUUCGUUGAUGGAGUUCUUGCUUUCACCGUGCUUCCUCCUCCGAGUUCCAACAGUUGAUAUGAGAGACAGCGUUAACUACGUACAGCUUAAGUCGAUGGACCCUAGUUUAAGUUAGUUUUAAUCUUUAAUUAAGUUGUAUUUGUAGAAGAUUAAGUUACUCUCUAUGGUUUUGGCUAAGUACUCAAUCAGAUUAAUGUUUCAUUGUCGAUCAUCAGUUAGAUAAUAGAAGAUUAAGUCAUCUAUAGUAGUGCAUUUUAUUCAUCACCUAAUAUUUUAUUGAACUUGUCUUAAUUUAAUUACAACUACGGAUCAAAUUCGCUAAGCUACUUAUUGGAACUUUACUAGCACCAAUGUAACAAAGAUUAAAAAACAUUAUAAAACUUAAACACAACUUCCUCACAAUAUAUUUGAAUUCAUUUUUUUAAAGUGAAGUGAUCUUAUAUAUUAACCCAAG